AUGAAGUUAAAAACGACUGACAGACGACGCAAAACGGGCGUCGCACAGCCGGACAAAACAGAUACAAUAGAUCACCUUAGUGACUCAGUGACCUUAAAGGAUAAUGUAAGAAUACAAAAUAUUGGGACCAGUAUUGAGGUCAUAGAGCUCCUUACACAUGACAAAUCACUGACUGUGCCUCAGAAACUGGAACUGCAACAAAUAAACACGUCAAUUCAACAGGCAAACAAUGAGAUUUUGAGUCAGUUUUCCAGUAUUUUAGACAGUCGACUGUUAACAGUUCAGAGAAGUAUAAAUGAGCAAGUUUUUGCAGAUAAUUACAAAUUCAAAAAGCGCGGUAAUGAAGAACAAUACAAGCACAAUGUUAAAGUAAUGGCAAAGCUGAAGGAGGCAAACGAAGAAAUGGAAGAGAGCCGCAUUCAAGGAGCGAGACAAAAGAUAACAGAAGGUUAUGACUUAAUUAAGCAGAGACAAAAACUUGUUAAGUUAGCAGAUUCGUCAUCGGCUGGAUGGAGAGCUGUAGAUGAAUCUGCAAAGAACCCCAUAGCUUCAGAAUCAGAUGAUGAAAAAAGAAGUUCCAAAGCGCAAACGAGGGCGGAGAGAAAAGUCAAGGACGAACGCAUCAAACGUCGAAAGGAUAUGCGAGAGAAAUGGAGGCCCUAUCCUUCUAUCAACGCUGCAGAAGGCAGUACUUCAUCCUCUACAACGGCCGCAGUGUGGAGAUCAGGGCAGUGCUACAGGUGUCAUAAGAAGGGACACUGGAGAAAAGAUUGUACAGAAAAAAUAGAUGAAAAGAUAAGUAGUUUUGUAUUUGAAUGUUUUGACGCAAAGCAGUCAUGUGAGACGAACACAGGUAAAUCACUGGUAGGUAGACUGAGAAAAAAUGUAGGUCAAUGGCGUUCGAUUGAAACGAGCAGGUAUGUGUUAAGUGUUAUUGAAUUUGGUUACAAACUGCCUUUAUUUACAAUUCCAAGUCCAAUAGAACUUAAAAAUAACAAAUCUGCAUUGGAAAAUGCCAAUUUUGUAUCAACUGAAAUAGAAAAGCAGGUGAAAAUGGGCAUGUGCAAGAUUUUAUUGACAAACCAAAAGUAUUGAAUCCAUUGACU